AUGUCGCACCUACGCGAACAUUUGGACCGAUACUGCCACGGCAGGCGCGCUAGAUCACGUUCGCGAAGUCAGACGAGAGACAACGCAGAUGCGGAGCCGGUGGCGGCUACUGCCCCCAUGUCGCCAUCUGUCACGUUUACUGUGGAACUUCUGCCUUUGUUACCUUUAGUGCCACGAGCCUAUCUGUGGGGACCUGAUGAACGCUGCCUGACAUGCAGCUAUCCGUCCCACCUGUUAGCUGCUUACUGCGUCGACGACCUGAAGCAAAAGAUCGUAGAACAGGUUCAAACGAACGGUGGCAAUACCAUAGCAAGACGAACAUUUCAGGUGUGGACGUCAUGCGGACUGCUGCAUUCGCACACGCCUGCUUGUCGAGAGCACAUUCCAUUCAAGCGAAGCUUGCGAACGCUUUGGGUUGGCAGCGGUCGACCGCCUGUGUUGCCUCUGGUCGUGGAAGUCUCCUCUUCUGGCUGGACGGACAUCAAUACCUUUGUCACCGCAAUAGCCACAUGA